CUGCAGCACGCGCGUCGGCACCGCUCGAGCGUAGCGCGGGCGACAGCCACCCGGCCCGCACUGUCACCCCGACCAUCUAGCGCCCUGCCGACGCCCGGGAGGAGAUUGCCAUCAGAGCGCCAGGGGACACCUCCUUACUGACAGCCAUGCAGCCGAGCGGGGAAGAGUUAUGACAAUCACAGAGACAGCUGGAGGCACUGUUUGGGCUCAGUGACCGCUGGUUUCCGAUGUAUCCCGCGAUGUCGCCGAUGGGUACAAGUGACGACGCGACCCUGCGGCGCAUGCGCACUGCCCACGACCAAUCAGCGCUCAAGUCGGCGCCCAGCGGCCUCAUGAUGGAAGUGGCCAUCCGUUGCACCGUGCCCAGCUGCUCCUGCGAGUGCUUCAGUCCUGGGAAGAGCAACGUCCGAUACUGCGACGGCUGCAACCACAGCUGGGUGCCGCAUGCGCUGGACAAGCUGGGCGGCCAGACGACGGUGCAGGCGAAUGCCGCCUUCGACAUCGCGAGCCUCGUGCUGUACGGCUGCCAGGCGCUGCCCAUCAGGCUCAAGAUCCUGCUGGACAGGCUCUUCUCCGUGCUGCGCCGCGACGAGCUGCUGCACGUGCUCGCCGGCUUCGGCUGGUCGCUGGACGACUACGCCCGCGGCUACAUCCUGCAGCUGUCGGACGGCACGCCGCUGGAGCGGUGGCACAUGUGCGCGGCGGACGAGGAGCCGCUGGUGGUGCGGCAGUUCCUGCGCUUCAGCGAGACGCGCGCGCUGGCGCUGCAGCUGCUGGCCGCCGACGUGCGCCGCGCGCUCGCCUCGCCGCCGCCCGUCGUGCUGCCGCCGCCCUCGCCGCCCAUGACGCCGCCCCACCUGCCGCAGCAGCACCACGCCAACAACCAACACCACCACCACCACCACCACGGUAGCCACCACCACCACCACCAGCACCAACACCAACACCAGCAGCAGCAGCAGCUGGCCGCGUCCGGCGCCAGUCGGGCGCCGCCGCCGGCCGCCGCCUCCAGCGCCAACGGCAAGGCGCCGUCGCCCUCCGACUGGAGCGGCGCCAAGCAGCCGACGGCGGAGGCGAACGGCGGCCCGAUGAACCUCAGCACGGGCGGGCGCGCCGCCGCCAAGCCCGCGGGCCCGCCGCCUUACUCGGCGGUCGCCCCACUACCUGCCAGCGGACGCGCCGCCCCCAACGGCGGCCGCAAGUACACCGUGGCCGACAUCCUCAACGGCGGCUGCUCCGAGGAGCGCUCCCCGCUGGCGCACAGCGCGCUCAACCUCAGCCGCGACGCGCUGGACGGCCUCAGGAUGCGCCCGGCGCCGCCCAAGCCGCCUCCGCCGCCCCCGCCGCCGCUGACGCCGCAGCAGCAACAUCAUCAGCAGCAGCAGCACCAACAGCAGCAACUGCCACCUCAGCUGCCGGCUGCGGCGGCCACCUCGACGCCGCUCAAGCGCCAGUGGCGCUCCGGCUCGUGCGACCUGCCCAUCAACCUGGGCACACAGAUCGUCAACCCCACCACAGGCAAGAAGCGCGUCCAGUGUAACGUCUGUUUCAAGACCUUCUGCGAUAAGGGCGCUCUCAAGAUACACUUCUCCGCCGUCCACCUGCGGGAGAUGCACAAGUGCACCGUGGAGGGCUGCAGCAUGAUGUUCAGCUCGCGGAGGUCGCGCAACCGGCACAGCGCCAACCCCAACCCCAAGCUGCACUCGCCGUACCUGCGGCGCAAGAUGUCGCCGCACGACGGGCGGUCUGCGCAGGCGCGCCAGAUGCUGCUGCCGCCACCCGCCGCCGCCGCAGCCGCCGCCGCCGCCGCCGCGGCCGCCGCCGGCGACCCGCUGGCGCUGUCCUCGGCCCUGGGUUCGCUGCCCUUCCCACCCUUCCCGCUGCUCAUGCCGCCUCCGCACCUGCUCAAGCACGGACUCGACAUGAGGUUCAGCGAGGAAUGCCGCCAGGAACAGUGGAACAGUGUGAGCCUGGCAAGGCCUGCGGAGGACAACGCGGCGUCGAGCAGCAGCAGCCGACCCACCGAGGAGGACGACAUGUUCGACGACGACGACUACGGCAUCGUCGUCGACGGAGACAUGGACGACGACGAGAUGGAAGAACGCGACGAAACUGACGACCAUUCUUCGAAGAACGACGAGGCGGAAGACGCUAGCGUGACCGACUCGCAGGCCAGUGGGGCGCAGCUCAGCACCGAGACCAAGACUGACGAAGAGGUGCAGAGCAACCCGGAAGGCGGCGACGCCCCUCUGGAGCCGGCCGACGGCGCCGGCCUCAAGCAGGAGCAGGCCGCGGACGGCGUCUCGUCCCCGAAGAGUUCUCGCAAGAGGAAGAACAGAAAUCCGACGCGCUUCAUGGUGUCGAAUCACAAAGAAGGUACGACGUCGGCGGAGGACGGGUCAGUGUGUGACGAAACGUACGACUCGGCUGCUUGUAAUGAGGAGAGGAGUGACAACGGAAGACUGACGGCGCAGGUGAAAACGGAGCCGAUGGAAGAGGACGAGAAGGUAAACGCGAAAGAAGACUGGCAAGGAAGACAGGAGAGUGAAGACGCGGCGCACUGUGAGGGUGCCAGGAGUGACAAUGCCGACUGCGAGUCCAGCAGGAUAGGUCCUGACGAACAGUGUUGGGAGAAAAAGGAAGAAACCGCGAGCGUGAAAUUAGAGCCCGACUACCAGUCUGCCUCCUGCGGGAGUAUCAAGCGGGAGUUCUCCGACCAGAUGGCGGCAGCGGCGGACCAGGCUGCCGGUGGGUACUACUACCAGCGCCACCAGUCCGCCGACUCCUCAUUCAGCGUGGGCAGCGCGCUGCAGCAGCUGGAGUGCCUCUCGCAGCGGCAGUUCAGCGGCCUCCAGUACCCCCAGCACGGCGCUGGCCAGCAGAGCCCCGCGUCGGCGGCGCCAUCCACCAGCCCCUCCGGCUCGUCCAAGGACUCGAGCGGCGGUUGUGACGACUGCUGCUUGCCCGAGGUGGACCCGGAGAACCCGCGGCGCUGCCCCGUCUGCGGCGAUGUGCUGGCCGACGUGUUCGCAGUGCGCGCGCACAUGCAGAGCGCGCACAUGCGGCUGGUGCACGCGUGCAGCUUCCAGGGCUGCAAGGCGGCCUUCCCGUCGCGCCGCAGCCGCGACCGCCACAGCGACAACCUGCGCAUGCACCGCCGCCUGCUGUCGGCGCCGCACUCGGACGCCGCGUCCGCCGCCGCCGCCGCCGCGCUCUUCGCCGACAUGAUGGCCUACAGCGAUGCCGCCAGUGAGGCGUUCGCCAAGCAGUGCCAGCCCAGAUCUGUCGACAUGUGAACUGGAACUGGUCCGAGGUGCUCCAGAGCCGGUGCUGCCUCACUACUUCCCCAGUCCUCCCCCAGGUCUGUCGACAUGUGAACUGGAACUGGUCCGAGGUGCUCCAGAGCCGGUGCUGCCUCACUACUUCCUGAGUCCUCCCCCAGGUCUGUCGACAUGUGAACUGAAACUGGUCCGAGGUGCUCCAGAGCCGACGCUGCCUCACUAGUUCCCCAGUCCUCCUACUGUGCCGCUUUGUAGAAACCGUCGAAUCACCUCGAACGAGUAAUCCAAUAAACACUACUUUUCUCGCUUCCCUGUCAGUGCCGCGCUACCCGCUCAUAAGCGUACUAAAGCCUAGCCAUAGUACUGCUCUCUGAAAUGAGGUCAGAAGACACGCGUGAAGUCGCUAGGCACGCGUUCCCCAAUCAGUGCCACCACAAGCGUUUCGACAUGUGAACUGACCCGA